AUGACUGCCUCGGAUGUUGACACUGCUUUGAUCCACCCACUGACGUGUUUCUUUGCCUUGGAAGACAUCCCCGUUGAUACGGAGUAUCUUGUACACUCUCCCCGCUUUGCCAAUGUCGGUCCUUCCAAUGAAUACCCCACCUGUGCCACUGCCAUGGCGCAAUCGAGACGCAGUGCGACGAAUUAG